AUGUUUUGGGCUGCAUUACUCCUGUUCUCAGGUAAUGCUGUUGCAGAACGUCAUGACUCGGAUUUGAUGUCUUUUGUGACGCUACCUGAAGUCCGAGCCUUAAAAUGGGAGAUUGAAUACUUCGACCGCGACCGGCUGGCCCCCGGAUACUGGUUCGUUGCGCCAUAUGGGCAAAUCAGGCCAGAUCAACCUACCAUGAAAUAUCAACAAUAUCAAGUCGGUCCCUACAUUUAUGACGACAAUGGCGUCCUUAUCUGGGCUGGAUCGCUCUUGUACGACAAUCAUAAUGUUUUCGAUUUCAAGCCGGUUCAUAACAUUGAUGAAAGCUCCCACCUGUCAUUCAUUGUGGGAUGGGAAUAUGACGAUUCCAAGAAGGGCCACGGCGCGAUUGUGAACAACCAUUACGAGGUGGAAAAAGAGGUCCAGGCCCCUAGCAAUAUCCAUGACUUCAACAUGCACGAAUUCAACAUCAUGGACGGUGGAAAGACUGCCCUGGCUUGCACAUAUCGUGCCCAGAGUAUCAGUCUGGCUGAUUUCGAACGCCCAACGGAAGAGAGUUGGGUCACGGUUGGCGGGUUUGUCGAGGUGGAUGUCGAAACUAGCGAGGUUCUGGUCCAGUGGGAUUCAGUCGACAAGAUUUCCCUGAACGAGUCCAAUAUGUUCCAUGCUUCGGAUCAAUCCCUUGGAUCGCCCGGUUGGGAUUACGUACAUAUCAAUGCAGUCGACAAGAACGAGGCCGGUGAUUACUUGAUCUCAUUGCGGUUCACUGAUACCAUUUACUUGAUUUCUGGCAAUGACGGAAACAUCGUGUGGCGCCUGGGUGGAUUGAAGAGCGACUUUAAGCAGGACUUCACCUUCUCUAAGCAGCACGAUGUCAAAUUUGUCUCUUCAGACGGCACUCACCACGUUAUUUCGUUGCUGAACAAUGCUGCUGACGAACGUGGCAACGACGAGAAGACCUCUUCCGUUUUGUUCAUCGAGCUAGACACAACUGUUACCCCUAUGACUGCCAAGGUGAUCAAACGGAUUAACCGCCCCGAUAGCGGUCUCACCAGACUCCGUGGCAGCGCCCGUGCCCUUCCCAACGGCAACGUCUUUAUCGGAUGGAGCGAACGCGGUUAUUCGAGCGAGCACGCACCGAACGGCGACCUUCUAAUGACCGCGCGGUUUGUAUCAGACCGGUACUCAACCUACCGCUCUUACAAGGGCGAGUUCACCGGCCGCCCCACUGCGCCUCCAGACCUGGUCGCAUCCGUCUACGGUACUAACAGCGAGGACACGACGACCGUCAUCUACGUUAGUUGGAACGGCGCUACCGAUGUCGUCCAGUGGAAGUUCUACGCGCAGGGCUCCGACCACAAAGAGUCCGUGCUCAUUGGUACUACCAACAAAACCGACUUCGAGACCAUGUUCAUCGCCGAUGGUUAUAUGGACUUUGUUUCCGCAGAGGCCAUCGAUGCCGACGGCAAUGUCAUGCACACUUCGAAGAUCAUGCGCACUGGCACUCCGCCCAACUGGAAAACUGCUGGCUGGAAUGGUUCCGGCUCCGGCCCUACUCCUGAUGAUCCUGCAGUUAUGGUCGCUGCCAACGAUAACACGGAUUCAACGUCUUCCGCUGGAAGUGGCGCCAAAGCAGCCGAAUCUAUCAGCGACAGUACGUCUGGCAACCGCUCAAAUGCCCAGUACGCCGACGCGAAGGAGGUCGCCAAGGCCGUCUACAAGGCCUACGAUCUUGUUCGCACAAUCGGUAGUCUCCUCCUAUUCCUGCUUUUAGCUGGCCCUAUGUGCGGAGGUGGAUUUGCCCUCUGGCGGUUCAUCCGCAACCGCCGUACUGCUCGCUACCAGCACGUUCCCUCCGAGGAGGGAAUUCCCCUCGCUUCUACCCGGCGGUCUUGA